AUGGAUCGAGUGUUCCAACUGGCGGCGGAGAGGCCGGUGGUGGUGUUCAGCAAGAGCACGUGCUGCAUGUGCCACACCAUCAAAACCUUGUUCUUCGACUUUGGCGUCAACCCAACGGUCUACGAGCUCGACCAGAUCCCCGGUGGCCGGGAGAUCGAGCAGGGUGGCCGGGAGAUCGAGCAGGCACUGGCUCGACACGGUGUUGCCGGUGACUUUCCUGUUGUGUUCAUCGGCGGCAACCUUGUCGGCGGUGCCAAUGAGAUCAUGACCCUUCAUCUCAACGGUUCCCUGUCUGCCAUGCUCAAACGGGCUGGCGCUCUGUGGCUUUGAUCGUCAUAUGACGUGGAUCAAAUUUUGGCUAACUUUACUAUAUAUGGAGUCUUUUCUUUUUCUUCUUCUUAAUUAGUCAUCAUCAUAAUGAUGAUGAUGAUGAUGAUGAUCACGAAUUAGGCUUUGCAGUACUUUAUAAUGUAAUGCCUAAUGAUGAAUCUCACAACUUUUUGUAAUAUCUCUAUCUACAAUAUCUACUGCUAAUAUAUAAUAAAAGUUUGAUGAGAG